AUACUGCAAUCAAUAUAUUGCCACGAACUGAUGAGAGGACUCCAGAUACUGACAACGGCGACGACGGUGUCCUUUGCAGCUGAAGUGUGGAAUGGGAAUCCGGAGGGAUUCCCCGCUCAAAAUCCACCCGCCCAUGGCACAAAGGACUUUGACUUUUAUGUGUUUGCGCACUCGUGGCAGCCCUCAUUUUGCGCUGGCACCGACUUUCCAGGCUGCUGGGUUCCUGAGCUAUACUGGGAGUCCCAUUUUACGAUUCACGGCUUGUGGCCCGAGUUAGAAGACGGUCCGCAUCCUGGGUUUUGCACGAAGGAACCUCUGGACAUCAACAUUGUGCGGUCGGCCAUCGGCGAAGACACACUCGAGAAAUACUGGCCCAACGUCAAAGUGGCUGCCAACACGACGCAUUAUGACUCGUUUUGGGGCCACGAGUGGUCGCGCCAUGGGACGUGCAGCGGGUUGGAUCAAGUGGAAUUCUUUCAGUCUGCGAUCGACAAGAUUAAGGUCCAGGGCACGCCCGCCUUCGUCACGCAACAUGUUGGCCAAUCGGUGUCCACAAAAGACGUCCGCGACGCGUUCGGUGGCGCAGGCCAAGCGGUCCUUAAGUGCGAGCACGGCAACGAACUGUCCCAAGUGUUCACAUGUUACGACAAAGACGCUAGCAGCAACGUACCCACGACCCUUCGCGCGUGCUCGGCGCAUGUGCUUGCAGAAGACACGUGCAAAUCCACGGCCACCGUCGUCAUUCGCGGCUUUAAAUAGUUUACUCCGCCGUGUAGUAUUCCCGUAUAAUUGCCCUUGGAGGGGAGUGGUGCUAUUUGAUCUUGAACUUGCUAUGAACGCACGUUAUGUCUAAACUGGAUCGUCCGAUCAUCCUCAGCCAACCAAAGCCCAUGAUCCAUGGAUGGGAGCCUAACAUCCUCAUCACCAACUGUGAACUGUCUUCAAUCCUUACAUCCGCCAUAUUGGCAUUUGUUAGGUCACUCGGACGGGUGUACAGUUCCUGCUGCUGUUGCCUCGGUAAAUUUGAAGUGUCCGCCGUUGCAGAAGGUACUCGGCCAUGGCGCGAUUACAUUUGGCCAUGUGGACUUCCACCAAGGGACACGGCACCCCCUUGACUUCAUGGAGAUAGCGCACGACGUCCACAUGUCCAUUUCGCACCGCAGACGCCAUCGCAUACGGCGUCCAUCCUUCACGUCGGUGGUCCCCAAGGAACGUCACAACAUUCAAAUGUCCCGAUUCACACGCGCGAUCCAUGGCGUGGGUGGUGCAGCCCUCGGCUCUGUUGUUGUGGAGCCACUGUACCAUGGCCAAAUGGCCGCUUUGCGCAGCUCCGUCCAGCGCAGCACUCGUACAGCCUUCCGUUCGAUGCCUUGUUAGCCAUUGGACUACAUCCACGUGGCCAGCUCGGGCGGCGCCGUCGAUGGCGGCGGUAGAACACCCCUCCGUUCGGUUUUCAUGGAGCCACUGGACGAUGGCAAGCGAUCCUUGUUGGGCUGCCCGGUCCAUGGCGUGGAAUGUGCAUCCUUCCGCUCGAUGGACGUGAAGCCACUUCAGCACCGUGAAAUGGUCGUUGGCCGCCGCGGCGUCCAUCGCCGACGUCGUGCAUCCGCUUUCAUCCGGUCGCUGCUCAUGGAGAUAGCGGAGGAUGUCGAGUUGGCCGUGACCAGCGGCGAUAUUCAUAGCCCCCACGAUCUUGAAGACGUCCGGGGUCGACUUAACGACGUGGUCGUGAAAAAAGACUACGACUUUCCGGUCUCCUGAUUCAAUGGCCAAUGCGAGGACUGUUGAAUCCACCAAACACGGGCGGCAGCGAUAGAUCCGGGAAAGAAAUGACUGGCCGAAGAGGCCGACAGCUUCGAGGAGGAGGGUGGAUUGCCGCAACAACACGUACGUAGCCGCGUGGCGGAGUUCGCUGUGCAGCUGCAGUCGCGCCAUAUCUGGCACUGCGGGAGUGAUCAAAGCCUUGGCAUGGUGGGCUAGCGGAUGAAGCGUUUCUAGUAGCCGAUUGUGAGAUUGAAUGAAUGGCCGCACUUGGUAAAAUACCCCCGUCUGAAACUCCAAGAUCGACUGCACCAACUCGCGAUUUGUCAGCACUUGCAUCAUCAUGCGAUCGCAACCUUGGUGAUAUCAAUGGCCCCGUGGUCCAAAUGCUACCAGGGCCUUCUCAUUCGACUUUUGCCAUGCUUGAAAGACAUAUAUUCCUGGACCUAACACCAGUUGUGAUCCAACAUGUCGCCCCAAACGGUCAACGGGCGUG